AUGCAAAUCACAAUCAUAAAGUCUGAAACAGUCGGAACCCGACCGAAUGCUGCGAAAGAGACAGAUCCAGUUGCCAAGUUCGAGAUCAUGGAUAGUGCGCCUGCGAAUCCAAUCCAAUACAUAUAUUUUCUGUUUCUUGCUGGUCACGAUCUAGCGCCUACAAUGCGCGAUGUGAGCAAGAAAUUUUCUGUUCGAUACCUGUUGAACUUGGUCCUAGUUGAUGAGGAGGAUCGACGGUACUUCAAGCAACAAGAAGCUACGCUGUGGCGCAAGGCUGACAAACCAGUCAGAAAGACUUUGGAACCUGCAACUGUGGGCGGUAGUACUAAUGGAUUAGAAGACACUGCCAAGGCAAAUGUUGCUGAAGAUCAUGCGAAUGGCCGAGACGUGACUGCAGAUGAUGAACAGUGA